AUGCCAGCUCAAAGCCCAGAGCGAGGGCGAGCAGGAGCUGCGUUCCCCGACUCUGCCGACAGUCAAGGCACCGCGAGUAUGAGCAGGUGGGAGCACCAGAUCGCUUCGCUCAGACAAGCUUCUUCUGCAACGAUCCUCGCGCUGGAGGAGAGGCUGAAAGGACUGCAGAAUCAGCUGGCAUACGAGGAGCAGACUAGGAAGAAGUGGAGCGAGCACGCGAAUGAUCUUCAGAAGCAGCUGCACCGAGCAAGGCGCGAUGCUUCUGAGCUGAUCGUGCAGCAGCGCAAGGCUAUCAUGUACCUGACCGAAGAUCGCACUCGUCUUCACUCCCUGAUCUCAGAUAUGCAGAAGGAAAACCGCGCGCUGAGGCAGCAGGUGAGAGCAUACAUGAGCCAGGCUGUCGGAGAGCAAGAAGCAGUGACGGGCUGCAUCACCUGGAUGGUAGAUGGAGACUCGGGAGGUCGGGACGCAACAGCGAUUCCGCUGAUCCACUCUCGCUACGUGGACCAGACAGCCAAGGACGAGAGUCGCUGGUUGGAAGGGAGACUGUGGAAAACUCCCCCUGCUAAUGCGUUUGGAGAUUUCAUAUCCAUCGAGGAGGACAGCCCGAACAACUCUUUCUUUACUCCGAGCUCUUCUCCAAGGAUAGAAGGCGCAGUGCCGGAAAAAAUGGUGGAAGGGCGCUCGGAGUCCAAUGAGUCGGAGUCGGCGGAUCCCUCCAGCCUCCCCCCCGGUGCUCAGGCUCUUCAUGCUAACUUCAGCCCCGAUCAGUGUCGCACUGGCUUCAGCAACUCUUCGUCACCUGAGGACUGGUGA